CAUUUUGAUGUGGCAAAAAAGACAUGGCUGCAGAGGAUAUCCAUGUGCGACUGUGUUUACAAGAAAUUGUUCGGUUAGAUCUUCAAAUAAAAGCACUCAUCCAGGACAUUAGGGAGUGUGCCGAUACCAAAGAGGUGCUGGAAGACAUCAAUGUUGAGGCCAGAGGAAAAGUUAACAAGCUCAGGAAAAAGAUUGAGGAGUUAGAGACUCUAGGCUUUGAACAAGACAAAGAAGAAGACAGACAAAUAAUUCAAAAGGAUGUUGAGAAUCAGAAGCAAAGACUUGCCAGUACUGUGGGAAGCCUUAGAAAGACAAACGUGUCUGUACAGUUGAGAAUAGACAAAAAUGAAAAAGAAAUGUUAUUGACAGGAGGAACCACAGCCAGAAAACGGACUGUGAAUUCCAAGGAGAUAUUGGCCAAGCGAGGCAGUGAUAUCAACGAGAGUCUGAUGAGCUUAAACAGGACAAUGGCUGCUCAGGUCCACAAGAGUGAACUCACCAAGUCCACACUGAUCCAGUCAUCGUCCACACUACAGGGCACACACGAGGAGAUGAAGGGUAUGGGCGGACAUUUGGUCAGCUCCCGCAAACUCAUCACAAAAUAUGGACGGCGACAACUAACUGACAGACUGCUCAUAUUUCUGGCUGUCGUGUUCUUUUUUGCCACAGUAUUAUACAUUGUGAAGAAAAGGAUAUGGUAGCAAAUUGUGUAGAUAAUUUUUCUUCGUCAAUUUUUUGUUAAUUGUUGAAAUAAAAAUGUUAUUU